AAACGGGUAUUUUCCAUUGUCAAAUCCUCGUUUGACUGCUAAUUAUUUACUUCGUUAAUUAAUAUAUCCAUUGUAAGUUGGAAGUAUUAGUUCAGCAAAAAAAUGAGUUCUCACAAUAAUAUAAUCGAUGAACAAAUUGGUAAAAAGUUGGAUCAUUGCGUUUCUGAUAUUUUAAUGAAAGGAUGUGGAGGCGCUAUUGUUGGAUGUGCUGUAUCUUUGACAAUUUUAAAGAGACGUGCAUGGCCUGUUUGGCUCGGCGCUGGAUUUGGAAUCGGCGUCGCUUAUAGGACGUGUGAACGGGAUAUAAAUUCCCUGAAAUAAAUAUUUGUUGUUGUAAUAUUAAUAAAAUAUUUAAUUGAGUAAUGAAACAAA